AUGGACUCUCCAACAACAUCUUCGACUUGGAGCUCAGCUCGAACUCCCGCCUCAUCCGAGAGCGAAACGAUCAGAGGAGCCAUGGUGACGUCGCGCUCUGGCAGCAGCACAUUGGUCGGACCGGGCAGAUCGUCAUCGUCGCAACCGCUCACCGUUGAUCUGCCGCCUUGUCCAGUUCUCGUCAGAUCACUGGACGUGUAUUCGGGGCGCCCGCGCUAUCCAGUUAUUGGGCAAUUCGCCAUGACGGCUUCGAAGGAGGUGGUCGCUGCGGGCCCCAGUGGCCUCUUCUCCUUCAAGCGCGUAAAUGACCACGCUUCCAAGCCAUGGUCCAAGCCUCGCCCCUUUCCGGACACUCCUCUGAGCAGCUCGUCCGUCUCUGGUAUUGCGUUACGUGAGAGCAAAAGCGGCGAGAGAUUAGACGUAUUCUGCGUCGCCGACGGGAACUUGUAUACCUUUAGUCGGGCCACCAACAAGAAAGAUGCGACGGCACCACCACCCUUGUUUGUUGCGGACCCAUCCCCACCCCUAGUCACGUACCGUGUUAGCGGCACGCCGUCCAUUACCACGGUAAAGGAGGAAUCGUACGGCUCUUUUGAGGAGCGAUACAGUCUGGUUGUCCCGAGCCAAUCUGGUGGUCUGUUACACACGUCCACCACUGGACCCAAGCAGAGGUCUGGCUACUGGUACUCUUCAGGUCAGACUAAGACCGAGUGGGAGCCCGUUGACCAUGUAGCCACUCAUCUGGGUGUCAUCUCAGCCGUCACGACCGCGGCGCUCAAAAAACAUGAAGGCUACAAUAACUCGCAGGUCGACAUUGUCGCGGUCUGCAUCGCGCAAGGUAAAUUGCACUUGGUUGAGGGGCCUUUUGCUGAACCAAAGACUGGAUUACUCUAUUUCACCCCUGGUGGAUGGAAGGGCGUAAUCACGGACAGGAUUCGCCACCCCGGCGAGGUGACAGGCAGCCCGGUGCUGCUUCAAGAGAAACUCCAGGAGGGUCAGCUAGAUCUUCUCGUCCCCUCAGCCGCCGGAGGCAUCUUUCACUUUGUCCGGACCCCCUCUACGCCCGACGAAUGGCACAUGAUUGGACGCAUUGAGACUCCAAGUUAUCUUCCGCCGGCGGGCAGCCUGGCCUUUUUCCAUCUCAAGCCAAAAGGAUAUCUCGACCCCGCGAUACUUGGAGCCGCUGGUGAGAUUGGAGGCCGGCUCUACACCAUCCAGACCUCAUCACUCCGGGACUCAUGGCCAUGGCAUGGGUGUUAG